AUGAUAAAUAUCGGAAGCGAAUCAAAUUACCGAAUACCCCGAGCAGACUUGCCUAAAUUUGAAGGGUCACACGAAAAGUGGCCUGGAUUUAGCGACACCUUUAAAUCUGCUAUACAUAAUAGCAACAAAUUCUCUGAAUCCGAAAAGCUAAUGUAUCUGCGAUCGUGCCUGCAGGGUAAGACAGCAGAAAAAAUUGAGUCUCUAGAAACUACCGCGGCAAAUUAUCAAGUAGCUUGGUCCAUUUUAGAAAAAUACUAUGAUGAUCCCGUCGCGAUAAUAGAAAACAGAAUACGUGCUCUUUUUGAAUUAUCGUCUUGUCAAAAUGCGUCAGCCUCCUCUCUAGGAGAGAUUCUCGACAAUGCGACCAAACAUUAUCGUGCCCUCGAAGCGUUAAACAAACCAUUUUUAGAUUCGUUCCCGAUUUACCUCUUCGUCUCCAAACUUGACCAUCAAUCGCGAAUAAAAUGGAAGGAAGAAACUCAAGGUAAUUCCUCUCCAAAAAUGAGCGAAUUAUUAGAUUUUCUGCACUCUCGUAGAAAAAUACUUGAAACUUAUAAACCGAACAAAAGCGAAAAAAUGGAUCAGCAUGACAAGAAUAAGAAUCGACGAACGCAUGCGAAUAACGAAAAUCAUAACUCUCAUUCAUAUGCAACUCAAUAUAAGGCUUUAUGUCAUUUAUGCAAAGGUUCUCAUUAUACUCAAUAUUGCGAGAAAUUAGUGAACUCGAGCGUCACCGUGCAAAUAAACAUUAUUAAAAAAGCAACUUUGUGUUUCAACUGUCUUAAAUCGAACCAUCGCGUUGAAGAUUGCAAAUCAGAUCACAGUAAAAAUUGUAGCAAAAAACAUCACACAAUCUUACAUCUUGAAACCAAUCAAAUAGAUAAAAACUCUAAAGCGAAUCUCAUGAACACAAGCAGCAAGCCUUCUCAAUCGACACCCUUGAACACAUUUUAUUCAAAAAACGCGCAAGGCGAAAGUCUUUUGACAACCGCGGUCGUUGAGAUAAUGUAUCGGGACGGAACUUAUAGCGAAUGUAGAUUUCUUCUUGAUUCUUGCUCUCAGCCACAUCUCUUGACGACACGAAUGGUAUCAAAACUAGAGCUUCCCAGACAGAAUAUUAACGUUCCUCUAGGUGCCGUGAACUCACUAUCAUCAUGCACCAUACACAUGACACGAACGAAAGUCAAAUCGCGCUUAAAUAAUUUCUCUUUAAAUCUCGAAUUCUUGAUAGUGGAUGAAAUUAAUGAAUUACUGCCUUCAAGACCGUUAGAUAAACUGCAUUUCAAUAUUCCGAACAAUAUAAAACUAGCCGAUCCAACUUUCAAUAGACCAGGUCCAGUGGACGGUAUCAUUGGGGCUGAAUUCUUUCUUCAACUCUUGAAGCAAGGGUAA